UUCUCAACCAGGAGGCAGCACGUGCUUCUCACAAUACAGCGCUUUUAAUUUAAAUUUUGCAUCCCCUUCAUGUGCGCAUUGUUUUUGAUAAGCGCGAGACUGACUGACUGGCGGAGAGCUCGUGCUGCAGGAACGGAAGGUGCGCGAGACUCGGUUUGGAUCACACACACACGAUGAGCGCGCGGUGUGAGGAAGCCGCCGGCGAAGCUUCAGGAUCGCAGGAGCAGCCCGAGCCCGAGCCCGCCCCGGCUGAGCCAAAGAAGAGGGGACCGGGUAGACCCAGGAAGCCGCAACAGGAACCCACAGGAGAGCCUGUCCCCAAACGACCGAGGGGACGCCCCAAAGGAAGCAAGAACAAGGGCCCCUCCAAAGCAGCGCAGAAGAAAGCUGAGACCACAGGGGAGAAGAGACCUAGAGGAAGACCCAGGAAAUGGCCACAGCAAGUGGUCCAGGAAAAGCCCGCUCAGGAAGAAGAAGAGGAGGAGGCGGAGCAAGAAGAGGACUAAGCAACCACAGGAUUUUACCUCUACCUCAUCCAGCUGUCAGCUCUCUCCAAGGGAAAAGACUGCCUUGACCACUUAUUAUUGACUUCCCACUUUCGUUUGAUCAUUUUUCUCAUGGGUUUAUUUGGGUUUGAUUUCG